AGACUUAUUCCAGCUAUCAUCUGCUAUCUCUUCAGUUUAUGUGUAUACCUUUCAGACUCCACUUACAUUUUCACAACGUGCCGAACCAGUUACGAAGUGUUCGAAGCGUGUUUCGUAUCCGUGACAUGUGACUGAGUUCGCGGUUUAGUUAACGCGAUAGUUUUAAGUUUAUUAUUAUUUUUUAAAAAAAUUCUUCAUGUUGAUGUGCUAGUGAAUUGUUUUUCCUGCCAAACAAACGUCCAAAGGAUAACCAUCCAAAAUGGAAAUUUUUUACAAGCUGUUCAUGAUCGGAAUAUUAUGCACGACGAUAUUGAGAACAAAUUACGCGGACGAAUCGGUAUCGAUAAGAUACAGAAGAGAACCGCCACCAAUUCGGCCGCCAAAGCCUCGACCGGGUUAUGGACCUCCGCCAAGACCUAGUUAUGGUCCGCCAAAGAAACCAAGACCCGUAUACGGGCCUCCACCUAGACCGAUGUACGGACCACCGAAAAGUUCGCCACCAAAACCAGUUUAUGGUCCACCACCAAGACCAGUAUAUGGACCUCCACCAUCACCACCUUCAUCUUCGUACGGCGUGCCUUCGUCGUCUUAUGGUGCUCCACCACCGUCAACUAAAUACGGAGCACCUCCGUCAUCUAGACCGCCAUCUAGCUCGUACGGCGCUCCUCCGCCAUCAUCAUCAUAUGGGGCUCCGCCACCAUCAAGUUCGUACGGUGCACCACCACCUUCGAAUUCUUACGGAGCGCCACCGCCAUCAAGUUCCUAUGGUGCUCCUUCGCCGCCAUCUAGCUCAUACGGCGUUCCUUCAUCUAGUUCUUUUGGUGGUGGAAGCUUAUUUGGUGCUCUUUCACCGCCAUCUAAUUCAUAUGGAGCACCUCCCCCGUCUAGUUCAUAUGGGGCGCCUUCACCACCAUCCAGUUCAUAUGGAGCUCCUUCAGUGCCAUCUGGAUCAUAUGGUGCUCCAUCACCGCCAUCUAGUUCAUACGGUGCUCCUUCUCCACCAUCUAGCUCGUAUGGUGCUCCUUCUCCACCAUCUGGCUCGUACGGUGCUCCUUCACCACCAUCUAGCUCGUAUGGUGCUCCUUCGCCACCAUCUGGCUCAUAUGGUCCACCUUCACCACCAUCUGGCUCAUAUGGCGCUCCUUCUCCGCCAUCUAAUUCAUAUGGAGCUCCUCCCUCUCCGCCAUCUAGUUCAUAUGGUGCUCCACAAGCACCGCCAUCCAAUUCAUAUGGAGCUCCUCCUUCUCCGCCAUCUAGUUCAUAUGGUGCUCCUUCACCGCCAUCCAGUUCAUAUGGCGCACCUCAACCACCACCAUCUAGCUCAUAUGGUGCACCUUCGUCAUCAAAUUCAUUUGUACCAUCACCACCAUCCGGCUCAUACGGAGCGCCGUCCAUAUCUAGUUCAUUUACACCCUCACAGCCAUCUGGCUCAUAUGGUGCUCCACAAGGACCGCCAUCCAAUUCGUAUGGAGCGCCUCCUUCUCCAUCCUUUGCCUCACCACCUUCUACAUCGUACGGUGUGCCAGCAUCUCCUUCAUUUAGUCCACCUUCGUCAACUUACGGUGCACCAUCGAGCUCGAGUUCCUUCAGUUCCAGCGGGCUAGAUACAUUGCUUUCAUUAAUACCUCCUAGUUCCUUUAAUUCACCAUCACCAUCUUACCAAGCUCCAAGUAACUCGUUCAAUCCGCCUUCGUCUUCGUACGGAGCACCAUCUCAAGGUUCCUUCAAUCCGCCAAGUACAUCUUACGGAGCUCCAGCCAAUGCUCCAUCUUCCUCCUAUGGAGCUCCUUCUUCGAAUUCAUUCAGCCAGCCAACCUCGUCAUACGGAGCUCCGCCAGCUGGUUCUUCUUCAUAUACCACUUUUAAUGUUCCUUCUAGCGCGUAUGGAGCACCUUCGCCAGGCUCUUCAUCGCAACGAGGCAAUGGCUCGCCUUCUUCUUCAUUUGGAGCUCCAUCAUCAAAUGGAGGUAAGAAUUCAAUAUCUAAUUCUUACAAUGCACCAUCUGCUCCCUCUUUUGGAGCACCCACUGCACCUUCGUCUUCUUACGGAGCACCAAGUCCUCCUUCUUCAUCUUACGGAGCUCCAGCUCCAAAUCCCCCCUCUUCAUCCUACGGCGCACCCAGUAGCAACCCACCAUCACCAACAUACGGUGCGCCUUCACCGUCAUUCGGCGGAAGCCCAAGUGCACCUCCCUCGACGUACGGUGUACCUUCGCCAAGUUUUGGAGGCGGUAGCCCUCCUUCUACGUCUUAUGGAACACCUUCGUUUGACUCGGAAAGUCCUUCGUUUGGAUCUCCACCUUCGUCAUCCUACGGAGCUCCUAGUCCACCUUCCUCAACGUAUGGAGCACCAUCGAACUCAUUCGGUUCAUCAAAUGUGCCAGGAUCGUCUUAUAACGUUCCAAGCUUUGGAUCGUCAGUGCCAUCAGUUCCUUCGAACUCAUAUAUCCCUGCCAGUCCGUCUGUUUCCUAUAGUCCACCUCAAGGUUCUCAACAAAUAGCUAGUUUUUCAUUCUCAAUACCAUCGCAGUCGUAUGGCUCGCCGAAGAUUGAUUUCGGUAGUUCCAGUUUCGACUCUGCCAAGGAUGGUAGUUCGUCAUCGUACAGUAUUUAUAAGGACGAUAAAGACAGCUUAGAUACGAACGAGCUAAAAGACUCGUACGGAGUACCAAUCCGGCCAAGUAUAUCUGAUCUCUUUUACGAAUCUUCCAAUCAAGAGCCAACAUAUCAAACAGAGAAAAUUCAGCAAGCGUUAUACAACAAAGUAGCAUCCAGAUUACAAGCUGAUCAAUUAUCUGAAGGUUCCGAAGAUCAAAAAUCAAUCGUGGUUAAAAAUACGGACGAGAAACCCAAAUCAAAUCCUAAAACACAAUCCAAAGGUACCACAAGCAACACCACUACCACAUUAUAUCCUAUAAUGAACGAUAAACUCUCGGCUUAUUUAAAAUAUCAUCAUAGUACUUCGACAACCGCACGACCUGUAGAUACUGGAUCGUUUAAACCGCCAACACAAACGUACGGUUUCGAACCGUACGAUGUUAAUAAUUUAAAAAAUCAUAAUUUUGAUAAAGACGACUCAUUUACAAAAAUUUCUUUAACAGAUGAUGAGGAAAAAUACCUAGAUUAUCCUCAAUUCUACGCUUCUCAAUUGAAUAAUUUCGAAAUCAGAAGACAGUCGACUGAUGACGAAGAAUUCGCCGAUAAAUAUUCCAGCCCGUAUCAAGACGAAACGGACGAUAAUACCGGAGUAGGUAAAAUUAGCGAAAAUCGCGAUCAAGACUGGAAUACGUCGAAAUCAUUUAAAGUAAAAAAACAAUAAUCUAGUCCUUAUCUCACCAUUUUAAAACAAACAAAAACCAGUACCAUAUAAUAUAAAUUAUUAACUGUAAAUUUUUAUUUAUUGUAAAAAUUUUGUGUCGAUAUGUUCUUUUUUUGUACAAAUUUUGUAGUAGUAAUAAAUGUAAAUGUUCUUUUUUUAAAAAAACAUUGUACAUAGUUUUGAAUUUUUUUGUUAAUAAUUAUUCUACUUAUUAUA